GGUUUGUCCAGACGAACCGGCUGGACCACGGCGCUGCGCAGCGCCGGCGAAAGCAGCGGGCGAGCCGCGAGUGCGAAUCGCACGCGAGCAGGCGCUGCCGAGGCGAGCAGCAGUCCACGGGGGGAAAGGCUUCCUCCGCGCGGCCAAGGACCUCCGCACUCCCGCACCGCGACCAGGCGGUGCUUCCGGAAAAGCGUGUUGCAGAAGUAAGACUGCGUCGUUCCAGCAUGAAGGGAUCAGCGAGGUGGGCGCUGGUGGCGCUGGCGGUAUCUGCGUGUGUGGCAGCUGCGACGGCUGCCCCUGGAUCAUCCCGGCAGCUGCUGCAGCUGCAGCUGCAGGAAGACGCAGCGCUGCAGGUGCAGCCCGAGCUGUCUCCUGAGGCGGCCGCAGCCGCGGAGAGCGACGACACCCCGCUGGACCGCGAGAAGCGCAAGAUCCUCGAGCUGAAGCUGGGCGCCGGCUUCGGCGUCAAGCACUUCCUGAUCGACCUCAUCUUCGGGAAGUUAAACCAGGCGCUGGAGCUUGGGACACGCAAGGUGGCGCAGCUGGACCGCCUGAACGUGGCCAAGAACCGCGCCUUCGGCAUCGGCGUGCCUUGCGGCCCCUGCUCGGACGGCAGGGGCACCGCGGCGCCUCCGCGCUCCACCACGCCCGACGAGGUUCCCGAGUUCCCGCGCACCCGCGUCAGCCUCAUGAUACCAGACGAGCUGUUCGGCGGCAGCUUCACUCUCAUCACCAACAUCUCCAAGAUCGCCGGCAGCCUCAUUACGAACGCAGCAGAGAGGAAGCAGCAGCUGGUGGAAGCCGCCAAGCCAUUCGUUGCUGCCAAACUGCGGCUGGACAUCAACGCUCCAGUGAGCACGACAGAGCCUAUCGAGCAACUGGUGCCACGUGUUGGUCCACCUCUCGGCGGAGGGUCAUCAAACGGGGGCGCAAAUAACUCCUCUUCCUCCUCAACCUCCUCCUCGACCUCCUCCUCCUCAUCAGCAUCUUCUUCUACCAUGGAAGACGAAUCCGCAAACAGAAUAGAGCGAUCUGGGUAGACCUUCUUCUCAUCAACAGGUUUCCGUUCCUAUUUUUCCUGCUCUCUUUAAAUCUGCAACCGUCUUCAGAAAUCUGCAAUCUUUUAUUUACGUUUUAGUUAGCAGUCAUAGAAAAUUGACUGUUUAUUAAUUUCAGGGUGCAAC